GCCGAAUCUGCGGAAUGGAAGAUGGAAUCCAAGGAGGUGCCGGGUGCUGCAGGCCCGCAAGUUCGUGACCAAACGUGAAACUACCAGCUGAAAGACCGUAGGCCAGGGUGGUCCUGUAUUGCCCAGGCUUCUGGUGCCAGGCCCAGGAUGGCACGCGGCAUUCUUCCCAGGCGGCAACAGUGCACUUUCCUGCUCAUUGCCAGAAUGACCCCGGUCUAGCCUCGCCCCUGGCCGGUUUCCGCGGCCCCUUUAAGGCAGGCCCCGCCCCUUCCCCGCCUCCCCCGGAUCAGUCCGGGAGCACCCGGCACCGUCUCAGUGUGCACCCUGCGGAGGGCGCGAUGGCGGUUUCUGCGCUGAGAGUAGCCUGGCGGCAGCUGAGCCAACAAACCAAGUCUGGAACUCCUGUCCUCCUACGUCAGUUGUUUGAGCCCCAAAGCUGCACCUACACUUAUCUGCUGGGUGAUAGGGAGUCCCGCGAGGCCAUUCUGAUUGACCCUGUCUUGGAGACAGCGCCUCGGGAUGCCCAGCUGGUCAAGGAGCUGGGGCUGCGACUCCUGUAUGCUGUGAACACCCACUGCCAUGCAGACCACAUUACUGGUUCAGGGCUGCUCCGUUCCCUACUCCCUGGCUGCCAGUCUGUCAUCUCCCGCCUUAGUGGGGCCCAGGCUGACUUGCACAUUGAGGAUGGAGACUCCAUCCGCUUCGGGCGCUUUGCCUUGGAGACACGGGCCAGCCCUGGCCACACCCCAGGCUGUGUCACCUUUGUUCUGAAUGACCAUAGCAUGGCCUUCACGGGAGAUGCCCUGCUGAUCCGAGGGUGUGGGCGGACAGACUUCCAGCAAGGCUGUGCUAAGACCUUGUACCACUCCGUCCACAAAAAGAUCUUCACGCUUCCAGGAGACUGUCUGAUCUACCCUGCUCAUGAUUACCAUGGGCUCACAGUGUCCACUGUGGAGGAGGAGCGGACUUUGAACCCUCGGCUUACCCUCAGCUGUGAGGAGUUUAUCAAAGUCAUGAACAAUCUGAACCUGCCCAAACCUCUGCAGAUAGACAUUGCUGUUCCAGCCAACAUGCGCUGUGGGGUCCAGAGCCCCCCUUCCUGACCUUGUCUCUGUCAGGUGCUAAUAAUAUCCACUAAGAAUGCACUGGGUGGCAUAAGAGGAGAGGUGUCACCAUGGCACCUCUCCUCUCUCACCUCUACCCCCUAAAUCAGCCCCCUGGAACUUCUGAAUAAAACUUUUUUU